CCGAUCAUUACACUCACUGCCCUUGCAUAGAUGGGAGGAUUACUGACGUAUCAACUGUUUUAUCCAUUCCUUCGACGCUUGUUUGUGCAAGGAAAAUGGCGGAUCAAAGUGAACGUUCAUUUCAAAAGCAGCCUACAAUAUUUCUCAAUCGUAAGAAAGGCCUAGGGGCCAAGAAAAGGAAAUCUCUUCGUUACAUUCGUAAUGUUGGUUUGGGUUUUAAGACACCAAGAGAGACAGAGAGAGCAUUCCAAAAGCAGCCACAUUUGAACCUUAACAGAAAAUUUGGGCAGAAGAAGAAAGCACUUCGCCGCUAUCGCAAUGUGGGUCUAGGGUUCAAAACUCCCAGAGAGGCUAUUGAUGGAACGUACAUUGACAAGAAAUGUCCAUUCACUGGGAAUGUGUCAAUCAGAGGACGUAUUCUAACAGGCGUUGUUCAGAAAAUGAAGAUGCAACGGACUAUAGUCAUCAGGCGUGACUACCUGCAUUACAUCCGAAAAUACAAUCGUUUUGAGAAGCGACAUAAGAAUAUGUCUGUCCAUUUGUCUCCUUGCUUCAGGGACGUGGAGAUUGGAGAUGUGGUGACAGUCGGAGAGUGCAGGCCCCUCAGCAAGACGGUCCGUUUCAAUGUCCUUAAAGUUUCCAAAGGGACAGGAACAAAGAAAAGUUUUAAAAAGUUCUAAAUUUUGUAACAAAAUUGUAUAAAUUGAAGUAAAGUGUUGGUGUCAUUGUA